AUGGACGAGUCAGGAUUUCACGAUGAUCCCGGGAAAAAGAAAUUGUUGUUUCGUAGAGAUUGCAAGCACCCUGACGUAAUAAAAAACAGCUCUAAAUCCUGUUUUACCAUAGUCUUCUGUGGAAAUGCAGCAGGUGAGCUUAUACCACCAUUUUUUAUUUUUAAAGGGGUGAAACUUUGGUCUGAUUGGCUAUAUCAAGCUCCUGAGAGUUCCAGAAUGGCAAUCUCAAAAUCAGGAUGGAUGGAGACAACAAUUUUUGAAGAUUGGUUAGAAAACCAAUUCAUUCCAUUCGUGAAAAAAGAUGAGGGUAAAAAAAUAUUAAUGUGUGAUAAUUUAAGUGCGCACAUAUCUCCUAAAGCACUGCGCUUAUGUGCUGAAAACAAUAUUGCAUUCAUUUGUUUGAUUCCUAACUCGACACAUCUUCUUCAACCCCUUGAUGUAGGCUAUUUUUCGGCAGUCAAGUCAGCUUGGCGAAAAGUUCUUAAUGAUUAUCGUCAAACCUGCAGAGGCAAGAAAGUCUUGGCUCUUCCUAAGUCAUUAUUCGCCCAGUUAAUUAAAAGAACUUUGCAAAAUGGAAAUGCCAAUUCAUCUGAAAAUCUACGAGCAGGAUUUAAAAGUUGUGGUUUGUAUCCGUUGUCCCCAGCGACUGUGUUAAACAAACUUCCAGCAUAUACCUCUACUGUGGACAUAAGCGACACUAUUAGUGAAAGUUUUGUUAAUUAUAUAGAGAAUGUGAGACAAUCGGAUCUGAAUACAGUGACGAAAGGAAAGAAAUUUCAAUUACCUGUAGUAGCAGGGAAGAGUGUUUCGGCCGAAGAAGUAGAAAAUUAUUAUAAAGAAAGGGAAAAAACAGACAAAACCAAGAGAGGAAAUGAAGUGGAAACCAGGCAGUCUAAAAAACGUGGCAGGCCCAUGGGGUCGAAAAACAAGAACAAGAAAAAACCAGGGGAUCCUACUCCUUCUGGAGAAGUAUGGUCAACAGAAAAUGAGAAUGAAAACAAUGAGGUUGUUGAUGCUGUUAAACAUGGUGAAGAAUGUGAUGAAAAUGAACUUAUGUCACAAAAUGUUGGAGGAUACGCCGAGUUCGUCGUCGAGGCUAUGAUACACAAACCACCUUCUCCAGAAGUAGCUAAAGGUUUAUAUAAAAUGCUCAACAUGGGUGUUAAUUUAUCUACGCCACAAGAACAGGAGUUUGAGCCACCGGUCAUAACAAUCCCAGGAGAUAAUAUAAUUGGUGAGUCGGAAGAACAAAUACAGUGGGAAGAUAAGGAUUUGCCUAUUGUAGAAGAAUAUGUUGUGGAACCCAUCAGUGAUUUAACACCCUCUGAACAAAAUAAUUCUUGUAGAGGCUUGGUGAAAGAUGCGUAUUGUAUUUUUAAUAAUGAGGGGAGCAUGUUCCUAGGACAAAUACGAAAACUAAACUUGUCGACCGCGACUGUCAUGGUUUCAGCUUUCCAAAAAUCCUUUUUAGGAGGUUGGAAGUGGCCUUCAAAAGCCGAGAUAUUAAAAGUAAAAAUAUCGGAUAUCGUCAGCAUAGUAAAAGACGAUCAAAUUACUAAGAAAAAUGGUAUAACAUAUGUAGAAGAUGAUAUUUUAUUAAUGGAGUGGGGAGAGUAA